CUACUGCUUUAGCGUCUUACUUCAUUCUCUUAUAAAUGCAUUAGGAUGCAAGAGACAAAAUUCAGUAUCCUUGGUCACAAUAUAAAGAUUGACACUUCCCAGAUACACCCCCCCAGAACACAGGCACCUCAGUUUGUUUAAAUUUUUUGGGUCAUGGCGUCCGUGCAGGUCAUCAGGCCAAGGCUUGUUCUGGGAUGGAACUGCAGCUGUGCAGGGACACGUUGCUUUUCCCAAGCCCCCUCCAUCCUGUCGGGGGACACCCUGCAACUCCCCUGAGCUCAGUCUGUUUGGCAGCGAGCGCCUGGGGGAGGCAGGGCAGAAGAUAACAUGCUGCUUGAAGAGCCCCAUAUUACCUCACCAGAUAAGGCAAAGGGAGGAAGACGGAGCUCUGCGAGGAGGACGCCGAACCUCUGGGCGGAGAAGAGGAGUGAGCCCCAGUCACACAGCUCAUCCCUGAGACCCAAGCACUGCCACAGUGAGAGAGACUGGUUCGGUGUGCUCUCUGGUCAUUCCCAUGGCAGACACGACGCUGGCAGAGGCUUUGGCUGGGGAGCAGGGGGAGAUGAGAGGGAGACAUCAGACUCUGAGAUGGACACAGCCAUGCGUGAGACAGGCCGUGCACCGAGAGCCAAAGAAGUGGCCAAGAUCUGAGCCUGGAGUACAAGCCAGAGCAUCAAAGACACAAAAUUCCCCUGAAAAUGCAGCGAGGGAAAGGAGCCGAGUGCGAAACCUGCGCCAGGCAUUCCAGAGCCUCCAGGCCGCUUUGCCAUCGGUUCCUCCGGACACAAAGCUCUCCAAGCUGGACGUUCUGGUCCUGGCCACCAAUUACAUCGCACACCUCACUGAGACGCUGGACCAGGGGGGAGCGGUGUGUGAUCAUCCCGCGCUGCACAGAGCUGAAGGCUACCUGCACCCUGUGAAGAAGUGGCCUAUGCGCUCUCUGCUGUACUGUGGGAACAUCGGUGAGCGACUACCAGGAGCAAACCCCAGUCAGGAAGAGUGUCAUAGACCCAGCAUCACGGCCGAGGUCCAGGCAGACUGAGCUGAUGUAGACGUCUCGAAUCAUUCCUAAAGCAAAAAAUUUUAUCAUUUAACAUGUAAUGUUUAAUAAUGGGGUGAAUUCAGAUCAGAUUCAAGUAGUACAGGUUGCGAGUCUUCUUUACUCCAGUUUAAUUGAAUUUGUUUUCUAUAUGAACUUAAUAGAAUUGAAUUAAAGUUGGGCAUGGUGGCUUAGGGAUUAGCACAUUUGCCUAGCAUCUCCAGGGUUGGGGGUUCGAAUCCCACCUGACGUUUGCAUGUUCUCCCUGUGCUUCAGGGGUUUCCUCAGAGCACUCCGGUUUCCUCCCCGAGUCCAAAGACAUGCAUUGUAGGCUGAUUGGCAUUUUCCAAAUUUUCCGUAGUGUGUAAAUGUGCGUACGAUUAAGCCCUGUGAUGUAUUGGCACCCCGUCCAGGGUGUCCUCCAGGUUCCCCCACAACCCUGUGUAAGAUAAGCGCUAUGGCAUUAAAGAUGGUUUUUAUGUCCCCUAUUACUUGAAUCCACCCUAACAGCCUAUAAUAUACAUCCAUCUUCACAUUUAAGCAUACAAAAAAAAAAAAAAGGUUAUGAUAGAUACUGGUACCACAUAAAAGUUCUACUUCUACACAUUAAUUAUAUAUCCCAGUUUUAUGUCUUUUGUUUUGUUUUUUUUUAAAAACCUGAUUAAAGCUAGAUUUGCUAUUUAUUAAUGCGUCCUAUAAAAAGUGCACGGUUAUCCUGUUGCUAAGUGCGUCUAAGUAAAUAAGACCGAAUUUAACCGUAAUGUUCCUUUUUCAAAUUCUUUUGAAGCAAGCCUCAUUUCAGCUGUCUGCAAUCUCCUAUUCCCUCCCUGACGUGUUUUUUUUUUCAGCUUUAAUUUGCGUGUCUAGUACUAAACGGGAGUGAAUGAAAAUCUUGAUUAGUAGAUGGGGAGGGUUGUUAUGGGGAACACUUGGCAACCAAAUGAGAGGAGGACCCAUGAUCUGAUGUGCUCUUAAUCAAGUUCCUUGCAGCAGGAUUUCACAUUAAUUCCAGCACUACUCACUUCGCAAAUCCUCACUAAUAAUUCACACGUGCUCAGGUUUAUCAUCUAGAUACAAACAAAAUGUUUUUACAGCGUAUCCUGGGCAAAUUCCUGGUUUUAUAUGUCAGAGGAAAACAAACAGAUCACCAAAUUCAGCUGUGUCCAUGCAACAUCAGUCAGCUCACUUAUAAUAAGCAUCCUGUGAUAUUCCCAUCCAAAGGAUCAGGUCUUUCUUGCACAACGUGGGCACGGCUCCAUAAGGAACGGUACAGCGGUCAAGGCUAGCUCUAUAAAUCUGCUGAACUGUCCGAUAAAAGCAUUCACUCUCAUGUUAACAGCAGGAAUUGUUUCACUAAGGCAGGGGUUACAGACCAAGAGAACGAGGGCAAACAUUUGUGCUACUUCCAUUUUUACUUCGUGUUCUCGCCAAUUAAGGUUAGAUUUUGGUUCAUCAUCCGAGAACAGAAAGAAGUGCUUCUUCUGUAAAUCAAAUAUAUAGAUGUCGGUAAUAAAUUAAAUGCUUGAAUGUUCUUUUGUUUUGUUGUAGAAAACAAAACUUACUGGACAUCUACUACUAAUUCUACUACAAAGAUACAAUUUAUAUCACUACACACCUCUGGUGGCCAGCUUAUGAUUAAAAUAGCUCCUCUAUCUCCGACUCAUUAAGACCAGCACAUACUGAUAGCUUGCUGAAUUUAUGCAGUGAAUUUGGCCACGCUCCCUGAACUGGAGCAGCCUGUGCAGGCCAAAGUCGGAGGAGGAAACUUGGGAAUAACGUAUCUCACACACCCAUAAUGCGCAGAAAGUAGACCUACAUCAAAGAUGAUGGCUUUUUCAGAACCCUGAAUGGUCAAACUCAAGUCUCUCCGUUCUGCCAAUUAUCUAUUUUUAUCCCCCAAAAGAAAGAAUGAAAAGAAAAAAAAAAAAGGAUUUGUACACUAGGUUAAGAUGUUCAUGUUAAGAUGUUAAGUCCCACCCUAAAUCACUGA